AAUCCCCUUAGAAAAAGUUGUAUAGGCGAGCGCCGCCGCCGACUCAGCCAGCUUUACUCAAGACUUCGUCGUUCCGAGAGGCCGCCUGGAUUCUGCGCUCGCUUGCUCUCUCGUGCUCCAGGCGCUUUCUCGACUCUUCGUGAACACUAGGGCCAUGUUUAACCCCAAUACUCAGGAUUUCCCAAUGGAUAUAAGCAUGGACAACGUUCACCCCCGGGAUGUGCUGAAGAAGGACAGACAGCUCAACCUAGUCCAAGACGAUCGCCACGACAGCGGCUUGGAUUCCAUGAAGGACGAGGACUACGAAUUGCUCGUCAAGGAACUGGAAGAUAUUCGCAUCCAGCCCGGAGAAGCCUCGGCUGGGCUGCAAAGUGGCCCCAGUCAGCCGGGCCAGGCUUGGAAACAGCAAGUGACCGAAGACGGAGACACAUUUCUCCACCUGGCAAUUAUUCAUGAAGAAAAGUCCUUGAGUUUGGAAAUCAUUCGCCAAGCAGGAUGUGACCCAGCCUUCCUGAACUUCCAGAACAAUCUCAACCAGACUCCACUUCACUUGGCAGUAAUCACAGAUCAGCCAGAAAUUGCUGAGACUCUUCUGAAAGCCGGAUGUGACCCAGAGUUCAGAGAUUUCCGAGGAAACACACCACUGCAUAUCAGUUGUGAACAAGGUUCCCUCAGAGGUGUCGGUGUCCUCACGCAAUACUGUCAGAAACAUCAUCUUCAGUCUCUCCUGCAGUCGUCCAACUACAAUGGACACACCUGUCUCCAUUUGGCAUCUAUUCAAGGGUAUCUGGCCAUAGUAGAAUGCCUCCUGUCCUUGGGAGCAGAUGUCAAUGCUCAGGAGCCAUGCAAUAAUAGGACUGCCUUGCAUUUGGCUGUGGAUCUGCAGAAUCAAGAACUGGUGUCACUGCUGUUGAGACAUGGAGCAGAUGUAAACAAAGUAACCUACCAAGGCCAUUCUCCAUACCAGCUCACUUGGGGAAGAAACAAUUCCAUCAUACAGGAACAACUGAGGCAGAUUACUGCGUUGGAUCUGCAGAUGCUACCAGAAAGCGAAGAUGAAGAGAGCUGCGAAUCGGAAUCGGAAUUCACAGAGGAUGAACUUUUAUACGAUGACUGCGUUAUUGGAGGAAGACAUGUGCCUUGUUAAAGUGGGGAAGUUGGAGAAAGAACUUAAGAACAAAAUGUGAACAAUUACUGAACUACUACACUGCACAGAACAGAGCAUGUUGUUAUAACAAGCAGGUGCUGCAGUUCAAGAGCCUACUGGAGCAUGAGUUUUGGUUGUCAAACACCUGGAGAAAUCUUGAACUUGUUUGUGCCAAGAGGGUUGAUUAACUAGAUAAACAAGCAGAAUGUGAACUGGAAGGUCCAUCUACAUAUUUACUGCCUGCUCUACUGAAGGGCUGGCCAGAUUCACCAAAAUGUUGUUUACUUUUGGAAGACAUUCCAUCUAUGUUUAUCUGGCUGGUGAUAGUGCAUCUCAGAGACUGAGCUCAGGUGCUCUUUGUUCUACCCAGCAAAGAUCUUCUACUUAGCUUACCUAAGCAGGGUCUACCCUGGUUGCAUAUGAAUGGGAGACUUGGAUGUGUGAGUACUGUAAGAGAUUCCCCUCAGGGGAUAGAGCUGCCACUCUGGGAAGAGCAGAAGGUUCCAAGUUCCCUCCCUGGCAUCUCCAAGAUAGGGCUGAGAGAGAUUCCUGCCUGCAACCUUAGAGAAGCUGCUGCCAGUCUGUGUAGACUACUGUGCUAGAUGCACCUAUGGUCUGACUCAGUAUAUGGCAGGUUCCUAUGUUCCUACCCUCAAGAAUGACCACUUGUCCAUUCAUGGGAAUGGCAGCAGUAACUUUCAUGUGCUUUGCAGGUAGAAACACAUGCUUUGCAGCAUGUAUUUCAUGUGUAUAUAUUGUACAUUUUGUGAAUAGAUUUUUUUUUGUACUUAUGAGAUGAAUAUUUAUUAAAAAAAUAUGAAAAAUG